AUGGCUAUCCAAACACCAAAGCAAAGACUAGCAAACGAAAAAUUUAAUAAGAAUAUUGAAAAGCAUAGAAAAUUUGGUAAAGCUAAACCUGCUAAGAGCGAUGCUGCUUCAAACCCACCAAUCUCUAAAUAUUGGAUGUAUGCAUUACUAUUCUUAUUAGUUGGUGGUGGUCUAUUAGAAUUGUUUAGUAAUUUCAUUUAA